CCUUACCCUUGCUUUGAGGCGGCUUGUUAAUCUUGCUGUUUAUUUGUUCGCGACUUCAAAGUGUCGGAAUUUUGUGAUGCGAACUGGGGAUAUUUCACAGUCAAAACGACUAUUAUACAUCUCUUGACAAACUUGUGUGUCAAAAUUAUCUGUCUAUUUUAAACUGUAUUACAUAUUCUAGCUCGCAUCAUGAUAACUAUGAAGCAUUUGUUAAAGCGCCGAUUACUCAUUUUGGGUUUCUAUUUUUUGUUUGGCUUUACGAAAUUCGCCUCACUCUACCUUUAUUCACACAGUGGUAGAUCCGCUUAUGUUAACGACUACACGUUGUCUGCAAGCAUAUCUGAUCAAUCGUUUCACCAAAUGGAUGCUCAAGCUUCAUGGGUGAACAGGAAAUUGAUGGGAAUACAAGUUGUCCGUCCUCCCCCGUCGAUGAACUGUACUCCACUAGCUAUUGAUAACUUUCCGAAAGAUGUAUUCACUCAGUCUCAGCGGCAGUACGGAGCGGUUAUAAUUCACUUCUUUGUCUCGAUAUAUAUGUUUGUUGGCCUUGCACUACUUUGUGAUGAAUACUUCAUUCCUGGUUUGGAGAGGAUUUGUGAAGUUCUAAAUCUCCAACCAGAUGUUGCUGGGGCAACCUUUAUGGCUGCUGGUAGUUCUGCUCCUGAACUGGCAACCACUUUAGUUGGAGUUUUCAUCGCGAAGGAUGAUAUUGGUCUUGGAGCGGUUGUUGGUUCUGCUGACUUCAACAUUAUGUUGGUCAUCAGUGUGAGCGCACUUUUCGCAAAACAGGUGAUUUACCUUAAUUGGUGGCCAUUGGUGCGUGAUUCAGCUGUCUAUUUAUUAUCUAUUAUCCUCUUAGCAUGGGUAAUCUGCGAUGGAUUCAUCUAUUGGUAUGAAUCAACAGUACUUAUUAUAGUUUACUGUUUGUAUGUAUUACUAAUGUACUACAAUCCACGGGUUGAUGCAUUUUGGCGUGUAUGGUGCCGUGAACAUCCAACCUGUUGUCCACGUGCACUACACACUGAUCAAGAAGAACACGAUUUAAUUCAACAACGUACUGGUGCAUUUGGACAUUCAUCAAUAAUUAUUGAUAAUAAAUCAUUAACACCUUCAAAUGUUGGAAUUAUUGAUCAUGAAGUUACUCAGGUGAAAAGUGUUCAUGCUAGUUAUAAGCGUUUUGAGGAAGAGGAAGAUGAUUACUUUACAGAGAAGACAGGAAAUCCAAUCGCUGAUAAUAUGGUUGGUCAACGUCAACAGCCACAACACAACGAUGCAUUAAAUGAUGUAGAGACACAAAUCCGUUCAGGUGAUGACGCUGUUGAAUCUUGGUAUGAUACAUGCUUUGCUCCAUUGAAAUUACCUAGUCGUGAAGGUGUACGCGGUAAAAUUCGAUAUGCUUUUUGUCUUUUCCUAUGGCCAUUACGUUGUGUUCUCUGCUUGACUGUUCCUGAUGUACGCAAAGCCAGAUGGAGACAAAUUCCAGCUUCGCAUUGGGUGUCUUUCUUCAUGUCAUGUGUAUGGAUUGGUAUCUUCACUGUAAUAAUGAUGUGGAUGAUUACAGUUAUCGGUGUUACUCUUCACAUUCCGGAUACUAUCAUGGGAUUAACAUUUAUUGCCGCUGGAUCCAGUGUCCCAGAUGCUAUUGCUUCAGUGCUUGUUGUUCGUGAAGGUGAAGGUGACAUGGCAGUCUCCAACGCUGUAGGAAGCAAUGUGUUUGAUAUAUUAAUCUGUAUGGGAUUACCAUGGUUAAUGAAAUCAAUUAUUUCUCAAGCGCCAGUUAUUAUUUACUCUAGAGGUUUGCUUUAUUCCACGCUGACAUUAUUUACCACAGUUAUUUACUUAUUAGUAGCAACACAUAUCAAUCGUUGGCGAUUAACUAAACCCUAUGGAUAUGCUUUAUUACUUGGUUAUGUAAUUGUUCUCAUCUUCUGUAGUCUGUAUGAGCUAAACUACUUUGGGACUGUUCAUUUACCUGCAUGUCCAUUAAUUGAAUGAUAUGAUAACUCUCUGUUUUUUGAUCAUCUUAUUGAAGGAGGAAGAUUAAUGCUCUCAUCAAUAACUUUUAAGACAAACAAAAAUUUUUCCUUCUCCACUGCCUCCUCGUCGACAUUACAUCAAAUAACAUGUGUUCUUAUUAUCUCCUGUAAGCAGUGGGAGGUAGGAAGCCUCACACCCAACCAGUUCUCUUUUACCUUUUUUCUGCUUCCUCUUCUUCUCCUCGGUUUUUCCUCUGAAGAAAAAACAACCUUACUUGCCUACAGCAUUCAUCUUUUUUUUUCUUUUGUAAACAUUAAAAAAAUCAAAUAAAUUACACAGAUUUUAAUUGAUUAUUUAACUGUGAAAGAUUUUGGCUCAUUUGUUUUUUUUUUCAGUCUCGAGUAUAUAUUUAUAUCUAUACAUAUAUAUAUUUUACCCUCCUGUCUGCUACAACAAUAUGUCAUUAUGGUGUAAUCUGAGAAACUUAUAUAUUGUUAUGAUAUUCUUUGACAAAACAUAUACUCCCCCCUGUACUUACUUACAACUUGUUUUAGGUCAUUUAUUAUUCUGUGCAUUUCAUUGGUAUAUUAUUAUUGAGUAUAUAUAUAUGAUCAUUUUCAGCAAUCUGUGCUACAUUCUUCCCUAUAUCUAUUUAUUUAUUUAUAUAUUACCAAAUAUACUACUUAUUAUCACAUUCAUUAAGUCACAUUAUUUCUGUUAUUUUUUUAAAAAUUCUUUGCGUUCCCAGUGAAAUCUAAGGCUUCAGAAGCUUGAGGUUUGAAGUUUCACAGUAGUAGGGGUUUGUUUAUUGUCUUACAGGAUGAAGUAGUUAGCUUCGCCAACCGGACUUCCCUGUUUACUGCGCUUAUUGUCAAGAAUCGAGCCCCAGACUAAUAAAAUACAUAUUUUUCCUACCUGUGUAGGACACACC